ACUUCACCGGAUCUGCUUUCAUUUAUCCUUGAAGCCUCGACUCCAGUAGACCUGCAUGCACAUCUCCUUUCCAGAGAUCCAAAUAUCCAGAUUUGAACAGCUUCAAAUUUUGUACUUUAUUUCAUUUUACACGUUUAAAAUGAAAUCAAUAAGUAUUAAUAGAGGAGGCUAUUUUUUCAUACUGUUCAUCCUUGUGGCCAGUGGGAUUUGGAAAGCGGAAAGUUAUUCAGUUAAAAGAAGGGUUCGCGAUAAACGAGUUUUGCUCCCCUAUGGUCAGGAUAGGAUAAGUGCGUCAUCGUCUCAGUCAAUCUCUCCGGCUCAUGAAACCCAGCACCGCGUGAUGAAGCGGUCUCCCAUCAUGGAAUGGUACUACCCCUCCGCAGGACGCGUUUCUCAUCCAAAUUCCGAUGCGUCGAAUAUCGAGGGCUCCCCAACCACGUACUACAUCCCACCUCAAGACCACGCCAACAUGCUGGCUGAGGUUCAACGUUUCGCUGACCACCAAUUGCUUCCAAAGGGCCUUUUCCCAGAUUCCUCUCAGUAUCUGAAUGGGCAGCAAUCGUCUCAAAUUCCUGCUGGUUUUCAGGAGCAGCUCACAUUUCUUCAUACGGAUUCCUCUCACCAGGAUCAGACGACUAGUGUUGACGCCACCAAGUUGGCAUUGCUCGAGCAAGUGAAGCAUUUAGCAGAUGCACUAACCGAGGGGCGUGCAGGGAAUGGGAAUGGGCUUGAUACUGACCUCUUUGAAACCGGCCUGAGCCAAGAUCUUGAUGAGUGGACUAAUCCGCUACAAGGUCGAGGUAAAGACCAAGGGCACCACAACCAGAAAGUUAUAAAGUCAUCCCAGUCUCACUUUCCAGAAGAACUAACCAAUCUCAACGACCCCUUCGUCGCUUUAUUCUUGUCACAACUUGACCAUCCGCACAAAACUAUGCACUCCGACAGCAAAACGAAACCAGGUCAUGUUGAAUCUAUCCAAUUGGGUGAUAAUGGCGAGUAUUCGUCCCAGUUAUCACCAUCAGUUCCUAUUUCCCCAUUCGACCCAGUCGUUCUGGACAAGGAUGACCCUUUUUUGAAUUUACUACUACAUAAAAAGGAUUCCUACUACAGUGUUCCGUCCUCCCCCUCACUCUCUUCCGUGGGCAGUUAUCCCAUCCCAAACACCGAGGACUAUGAUGCAUACGAUCCCACCGACAAUUUCGAGUACCAGACAACCACUCCUUCUCCUCCUCCUUCUUCUGCGAAACAGUUUUUAAAUCCAUACUCGCACCAAUCUCACUCUCACGCUCAACCCACCUCAACGUUGUACCGACCCCCAAAAUCUCAAAAUUCUUUAGACUCGUUGUCCAUCCAUUAUCCAACCACGACAACGGCACCCACUUCUCCAUACGAUGACGAUACGAUUGGCUAUGAUGACGACUAUGUGUACCCCCCACUCGAGGGAGAAGAAGUAGCUCAGACGCAAAAUCCAUACCCAAUUUACAAAUAUGAACCGGUAUCAUCACCCCAAAAGCAACCAAGUGGCUCAUCAUCUCAGCUGAAGGACAGACUUCAAGACUUCAUUGAUGACAGUUACACGCUGCCACCCCCACAGGCUUACGAUGUCCCUUAUCAGGUCCAGUACCCCAAACCGGACGAGGAAGGAGACGACUCAGCUACACCAUCCAGUUACGUGCAGGAGGAGUCGACAUCAGAUGAUCCGUACGACGAUACUGUGAGCGAGUCCUCAGUCAGCGAGUAUCCUUUUCUCGACCCCGUCACGGAGAAGCCUUAUCCCAUUCUCAGCCCUUAUGGCAGCAACAAACCAGGAGACAAGCAUCCUUCGGAGUACUUUAGCGUCAAGGAAAAUCCAAGCUAUCCUGACGAGGUCACUUCCGGUUACAAUUACGAUGAUGAGGAAAAUAAUCUUGCUGCUUAUCCAACCCAAGGUCCAGUUGCGUAUUCGGACGUGUUCACCACGACGGAAAAGUACUCUGAUCAGCCAUCUCUUCAAUCCAAAUACUACACUUCAUCAACCUACAAAGACGCAGAACUCGAGAAUACCCCGUCCCCCGUAUUUGCUGGAAGCUUGACUUCCUACCCUACCAAAACCUUGGUCCCUUACCCAUCCGCAACUACGACCCCAAAACCAACGACGACCACUACCACAACCACUGCCACUGUCAAACCCACCCAAAUUUACGACACGUCUUCAGUCAGUUCCCCCCGACCAGUGUCCCUCAACAAGCACACGAAGCCAUUGUAUGUCGCUGCUCUGCAAAAAGCUCUUGCCCUCCAGCAAAUGCUACGUCGUGACCACCGACCGACGCCGAGUACGAAUUUCUAUACGAACUACCAACCCGACCAUCAACAAUAUCCAAGAACGCAUUUGAGCCAGGAUCCAAUCCUUGGAAGGGCAGAGGAUGAACAACAACAGCAGAAAACUGGGAUCGUCCAACCAAAUCAGUCUGACAUCGACUUUGCUCAGUACCACUUGGCCCAAUUCUACGCGCAGCAGAGGCAACCCCACUGGGCCGACUACUACACGGUCCCUGAAAUCCAAACGCCCUACGUCCCCCGCCCGCAGUACAUUUACCACCAACAAGGUGUUCCCAAGUUGAUAAGAUCCGCUCGAAAAACGGCACCCAUCCCCAAAACACCCGUGUUGGAUCAGCAUCGUCGCGUUCAAGUGCAUCAUCUCCAUAAUAGACCUCUAAUGAAUUCCAAAGUCAAUUACUGGAUUAUGAACACAAUGAGUAAUGGAAAUCAGUUAUCCUCUGAAGGUGACGCCGACCGUGUCCUCAGCAGAACGCACAGACUUCGAAAGCGGUCACUGCCACCCCCCAGAGAAUCCCAUCAUCGACCCGUUGCAGAGGAAAGAACACGAUUUCUCGUCUAUUCUCCAAAAUCCAAAGUGGACAAACGCAAGGUUUCCUAUUGGGUGAGGUGGCAAGCAGGAUUUUGGCCAGACCCACUCAACAUUCAACCCGUUUCCGAACUGCCAGACAUUUUCAGUGAUUUCAAAGUGGAUAAAAAGACCAAUUUGGAUUUAAUUGAGAUUGACCAUGACGAAGCAGAAGCCGAGCAAUUGCUGAAACCUCGCAGAAGCUUGUCUAAGCGAAGUCUCAAACAAAAUGGGGCAAGUUAUUCUGAAAAUGCCUUAACCAAAAAACCUAAUGCUACUCGUCGUAUCCGAAUCCAGAAGCUGCUUUCUCUUGGUGAUGACGAACAAGUCAACCACAUUUCAACAUCUAAUGGAGUUACUUUCGAUGAAAGAGAUGAUUCAAAAUAUCAAAACAAUUAUAAAAAACGCAAUAAUUUAUCCAUUUUGGUGAAACGUACUAAAAGUCAAUCGCCGAAAAAGGUGAAGGCGACAAAUUUCUUUGAAAAGUACAACAUCUCAAUAUCCCCAAAGUACGAAGACGUUGAAAGCAGUGACAUUUCUGAAGCCGUUGCCCCCAUGACCACCACGAAACGGCCACGUCAAAACGACAACAGCAACGUUGUUCACCGUUUUCGACCUCGAAUGACGACGAGCACGACUACCCCCAAACCGACGAAGGUGAGGUUCCUUCCGGCCAAAGAGACGGAGGUUCACACGGACGAGAGUCCGACCUCUUUCGUCUACAUGGGGUCUCACAACCUCAUCCUACCCGGACUAUACAGCGACGAAACUAACAUUACAUAGGAGGACGAGCAUUAUGUUAAUCUGCUGUACGAUCUUGAAAUAAAAUUACUGCACUUCGAAAUUUGCUGCCAAAAUUA